UUUUAUCUCAAUGGUCGGUUUCAAACUCAAACUUCAAACUUUCAAAGAUCGUUGAAUUUUGAGUUUGAUUGAAGCUUGUCUAAAAUAUUAGAAGAAUUGUAAAUACUAAAGUGUUCCGUGGGUUUAUUUAUUGGUUUUAUGUGUUAAUAUACUUAGUAGGCUUUAUAGUAAUUGUUUACGUAGUGGUUUGUGUUACGUAUGCGCUACUAUGUUAGAAACUCCGCUAAGUUCUACGCCUGGACUAACCAGGAUAAGUAUUGGCGGGAGUAGCAAUAGUUCUAUUCGCAGACGAAGUCUUAUACCACAGAAACCACCGGCAAAUAAUAAAAAUGAGGAGCGCAAUGACGAUGAUGCUGAGAGGUCGUCCCUGGUGGCAUCAGAGCGUGCCCUUGCUACUUCGACUCCACAUACUGCCUCACCUAGGCGAGGUAGGGACACCAUGUCCUCAUCACCACAGAAAGAACAUUUUCAAGGAUGCCUUAAACUUUAUGCUGAAAAUAAAAUAACAAAAGAUAAUGCAUGGAACCUGCAGCUGAUUGAUUUUAUGACGUCCAUGUUGAGGCGGCAUGACUCUCGGAUGGAUAACCUACAGACUGCCUCAACUGUGGUGGAUGCAUCGGCUAGGAUAUACUCGUUCAGAGUUGAUGCUGUCCAUUAUGAUGUUUUGAAGAUGGCUGGUGGGCUUAGUAAAGCUGCUCAGGCAAAAAGAGGGAAGAAAGAUGAUGAUAACAAUACACAAGAUGAGGGUGCAGCUGAUGGAGGAGAGGCAGCUGCACCAGUUAAGAAGAAGAAAAAGAAGGCGAAAGGUGCCAUAGCUGCCAACCCUGCAGUUUUUAAUGGGGAUUUUGAUACUAAUGACUGUAUAGAUCCAUUCUUCGAGAGGCUAGCAGCGACAACCGGUGAUUUGACAUCUUCAAAUAGGGCGUUCAAUGCGACGCUGCCAAUGCACGACAAAACACUUGCCUUGAUAUUAAGAACCGAUGAUCGAUUUUUAGAAGAAAUUAAAGAGAAUAUUCCGGAGGAGCAGAGCAUAGACUUAUCAGAGCGCAUCACAUUAUCAUCAAAGUUGCUGCCCGCGUUUACAACCAGUGACCACAUAUGUGAACCUUUCACUGGUUUCUCUAUCAGCAAUUGGGAUCCCGAUACUGAAGACACUGAUAAUCGAGUGAACAACUGGGUGGAAGAGAAUCGACUGAACUUGUCACAACAGGCGCUCGCGUUCGACGUCAAUGCUGAGGUAGAACCGAUACCGCAGGAUGAACAGCACAAUGAUUUGUAUGACGACGAGCCAUUGGGCGGUAUAGAAAGCGAAGAAGAAGCGGAUGUAGCGGUGGCGGCGUGCGUGGCCCGCGCGUGCGGCGGGGCGGGCGUCGCGCGCAUCACCGACAUGCGCCCCGUCGCGCCGCACGACACGCGACUCGAGUACUCCUACUGUGGGGCCAUCGUCACCGCCUGGGCUGGGCCCUCGCAUUGGCGGCUUAAGAAUAACAGAGCGUCAAAGAUGACAGAACGCACUCAAUCUACCGCCGGUCGUAUAACAGCAGUGGAAGGCAAAAAGCCGGCGCGUGCAAAACGCCAGCUAGACUUUCUAGGAGCAGGUCUCGCGUUCGACUGCCGAGCGGAUCCUGUUGGAGAAUAUGAGCCCACUCAGCCGGCCAAGAUCAUGAUCAGUAGGAAAACACUAGCUACUGGACACACGUGGAAUGAAGCUAACUUUAAAACCCCUAUUGAUAGAGGUUUAGACGAAUCUCAUUUCCGAAAGCUGUUCCUUCGUCAAAAUGUGAUGUUGUUGCGCAAGCGUGACUUGGAGCAAAGCAAGCAACCUGAACCGGAGCCCGUCACAGUGGAGGAAGCCAGAGACUACGACUACAAUAACGAGAAUGAUGCUUCGUAUUGCCCUAACAAUAUUCCUGAUGGCGACGAUUGGGGUAACGAAGACGCGACAGCCGCCGGAGACCUACACGACCAAGUGAAAACAGCAGAACCAGAGGAGAUUACAGACAUGUUGGAACCACCCACUAAGGUCGCGAAAAUCUUCAUACCAUACGCAAUGCGGGCGAAAAAGGUAGACAUGAAACAACUCAAACACUGCACAUGGAAACUGCUCACAGAUAAAAAGGAUGAUGGGCAAAAAGAAGAAGUUAAACAGACUUCUUUUGCUAAAAUUUAUAAACAGUUACCAAAUAAGUUGACACCGAACAUGCGUGAAUCACUCAGUGUACCCCUAGCAUUACUUUCACUACUCCAUCUAGCAAACGAGAAAGGACUGAUUUUAGAAAAAAGGGAAGAUAUGAAAGAUAUUGGAGUAAUAGGACUCAUAAAAUAAUAUUUUUUGUAUAUUUUAUAGUUUUAAAGUGUUUGUUUUCAGUAAUAGCGUGGAGUCUAGAAUAUUGCCUUGUACAUUUUGUAAUUACUGUUUUUAUACUAGCAUACAACAUACUGUCUAGAAUGCAUAAACAAUCUCAAAAAAACUGCUGUUAGUAUCAUACUUCAAAUGCAUGCAAAGACAAGAUGUUUUUUUUUCCACGAUUUCCAAUCAUUAAGUUAUUAUCCAAAAGAGUCAAAGUAUAUAAUUAACAAACGCAAUAAUACUGUUUUAUAAUAUUACUUACUUAUGUUUGAUUCGAUUGAUUCUUUCAGGCAGUUGUGACCAUGGCAUAUUUUAUCUUGGUUUGUAGCUGAUACGUGAAUGAUCACAUUGGCUAUAAGUUUUAAUAAUUAGAAACUGUAUAAUUUAAAAUGAUUUGAAAUUCACUCCCAAUAUUCAAGCCUAGCUCCCGUCAUUUUAUUUUUUAAUGUAAUUUUCUUUUAGGUAAUCUCGUAUUUUUUGUAAGAGCAAUGAAAUAAGGCCAUAUUUGUAACAUUGUAUAGAUGUUUUUGUUAU